AUGGGCGAAUGGGAAGAUGAAGAAGAAAGAGCUUAUUUUCAGAGUGUAAUUAGCGCUUUUAAAUAUUAUAGAACUUAUUCACUGCAAAGGAUAGCCAAAUCAGAACAGUAUUUUAAAAGUCUUCCAGAUCAUCAUCAAAAACUAAUGGAAUGUUAUUUGCAACAUUUGAAUAUUAUUAAAAAUUGUGUAGAAGCCAAUGAUUAUUUAAUUAAAAUGAUAAUCAAAGAUGCUGAUUAUAUGUUUUCAAAUGUUAAUCCAGUAGAUCAAAAUAACAUUCAGCCUGAAAGAAAAAGUUGUUAUGAUCCGAUAAUAACGGAAAUUUUAUCGGAAUUUCCUCCCGAUGGUAAAAAGCCAGAAGAUGUUAAAAUUUUAGUUCCAGGAGCUGGUUUAGGAAGGUUAGCUUUUGAAAUAGCAAAAUUAGGAUAUACAUGUCAAGGAAAUGAAUUUUCAUUAUUCAUGCUUCUUGCAUCUCAAUUUGUUUUGAAUAAAUGCUGUAACACAAACAUACAUAAAGUUUAUCCAUGGGUUCACCAGUUUGUUAAUAAUCUCAAACCAGAGCAUCAAACUCAAUCAGUAUCAUUUCCAGAUAUAAAUCCAAGAGAUUUAUCUACAAAUUCUUCAUUCACAAUGGCGGCUGGUGAUUUUUUAGAAGUUUAUACAGAGGAUAACGUUUGGGAUUGUGUAGCAACUUGUUUUUUCAUAGAUUGUGCUAAUAAUGUCGCAGCAUUUAUAGAAACGAUUUAUAAAAUAUUAAAACCUGGAGGAAUCUGGAUCAAUCUCGGACCUUUAUUAUAUCAUUUUUCCGACGUACCGCAAGAAGAUUCAAUCGAACCGAGUUACGAAGUUGUUAGACAAAUAAUCGUCGGUUUGGGAUUUGUGAUAGAAAAAGAAAAAAUGGACGUUUCGACUUCAUAUGCUCAAAAUCCGAAUUCAAUGCUUCAAUAUCAAUAUCGAAGUGUUUUUUUUAUUUGUAGAAAAUGUUUAAACGUUUGA